CCGCCGACCGGGUCGGACCGGGCCGCGGGGCGCGCUUCCGGGUGUCACCCCCAGAGGGCGCCGGCUGCAGAGCCGCGCGCUGAGUCUCGAGGCCGGACGGAGCGCGGCGCCGCCCCACUCGCCGCCAUGAAGGCUGUGGUGCAGCGCGUCACCCGGGCCAGCGUCACAGUUGGAGGAGAGCAGAUAAGUGCCAUUGGACGGGGCAUCUGUGUGUUGCUGGGUAUUUCUCUCGAAGAUACACAGAAGGAACUGGAGCACAUGGUCAGGAAGAUUUUAAACCUGCGUGUAUUUGAGGACGAGAGCGGGAAGCACUGGUCAAAGAGUGUGAUGGACAAACAGUAUGAGGUGCUGUGCAUCAGCCAGUUUACCCUCCAGUGUGUCCUCAAGGGGAACAAGCCCGACUUCCACCUGGCAAUGCCCACAGAGCAGGCAGAAGGAUUCUACAAUAGCUUCCUGGAGCAGCUGCGUAAGACCUACAGGCCGGAGCUCAUCAAAGAUGGCAAGUUUGGUGCCUACAUGCAAGUGCACAUUCAGAAUGAUGGGCCUGUGACUAUAGAACUGGAAUCCCCAGCUCCUGGAGCUGCUACCUCUGAUCCAAAGCAGCUGUCAAAGCUUGAAAAACAGCAGCAGAGGAAAGAAAAGACCAGAGCCAAGGGACCUUCUGAAUCCAGCAAAGAAAGAAACACUCCCCGAAAGGAAGACCGCAGUGCCAGCAGCGGGGCGGAGGGUGACGUGUCUUCUGAACGGGAGCCAUAGACUUGGGAAGCAGAACUCAGUGCAUUAUCAUUGGGCAAAAUUAGAUCCUGAAAAAUUCAAGAUGCUAAGCACCUACACUGCUUUAAGAAUUUGGAACUGAAACGUGAAAAAGAAGGCAGAAGUAAGAAAUUCGGAAGCUGAAUGGCCAUGCAAACAAACACCAAAGGACUGUUACCAUCUUCUGUUGUUGCUGGGGUCUACUAAGGCAGUGGGUGCUGCCAGUGUGGGGAGUGCAUGUGACGGAGGGUGCACAGCCACGCCUCCCCGACGGAAGGGCUCUGUGGGUCCCACUGUGUCUUGGCUUGCUUUUGGAACAGGCUGGCCCAGCAUCACUUGUCAUCAAGUUCACUGUGUUGCAUCCUGUGUGUCCAUGCUUGGUCCCCACACAUUCAUGCUGUCCGUGUUCUUCCCAACACUGGUUCAUAAGCCAGGGCCGGUGUUAAGGUGUAAAGAAAACAAUCAUCAGUGAUAAUAUAUUGUGUGAGAACUUUG